GAUGUCGACGUCGACGCCAUCGCCAUCGCGCGUCUCACUGUCGUCGACGUCGAGCGUCUUGCUGCGUGCGUGCAAACGUGCGUCAAGUUGCGCUGAUUUACGUCAGGCGAUGUGUUAACCGCUCCGCGUUUACGACGUUAACGACAUUAACGGCACUGAGGGCCGAUCGAUCGCGCUCGGUCGAGGUCGACUGGAACGCGCAAGCGAUCCGUGCUGUCGGUGUAUCCGUGGAUUCGCCAAGAUAGUCGGUCUCUCGGUGUUCCCCGAGAGAUCGAUCGCACCUCGCACGAAACGGGAGUAAGUUUGAGGGGUUGGAGACAGCGUGCCGCUGAAAACUACAAGAUCGGAUUGGAGAAAAGUGAAAAACGUAGACUCGCUCGCGAGAGGGAAAUCAGAGAGGAAAGCUCGUUGUGUGUCCCGUGGAAAUCGAGAGCGACGUCCGGUGGAUGAAAUCGCGUUCGCAGAGCUCGUCUCUAGGAGGGAUCUCUAGGAGGAGAGAGGAGGCGCCGCGACGGCGUUUCCACGUGGAGCGAAAUCUAUCGCGAGGCGAGCAGAGAGAGGGAGGAAGGUCGGAAAGCGCGAAAAUAGUGAUAUAGAGCGGAUAUAGAAUUUGAAGAGCGAGAGAGCGACGGCGACGCGCUGCGUCGCGUCGCGUCGCGUCGCGUCGCGCGUGGAGAUCAGCCAAGGGGAAAAGAAAAGAGCACGCCCUUGAGGCUGUGGCGCUCUCGUUCGCUCGGAAGAGGGCGGCUGUCGUUCGCUCUCGUUCGCUCUCGGCUCGGCUCGCCUCUCUCCCCCCGCAUGACGCCCCACUUUAGGCCGCUAGGGCAGCGCAUCCGCCACUGGCCGGUGACGAAAAGGGGCUGAUGUCAGUGCGGCCACUCGGCGGCGUUCGCUCGGUGGAUCGGGAGUUUGUCGUCGGAUGCGCGCGAGCACACGCAUCGCACCGCGAACGCGAACGCGAACGCGAACGAGGCGAGCGAGACUUCCGGUGGCGGUGGCGGCAGUGGCAGCAGCGACGGUGAUGCUCGGCGGCGUCCGCGAGAGAGCAGCGACGAUCGCUGGUGGAUUGGCGGCUGCCGACGACGACGCAUCUGGCGCGCGCGAUCGUGGCUGCCGGCGCGUCGGUCGCUCCGAGGCGCAACUCGAGGAAUAAUGCGUCGUGUUAGGCACGACGUCGCGAGGUGCCGUACGACACGAUUACGACGGUACUACUACGACUACGACGACGACGAGGACGGUGCGACAAGUGGGCCAGCAGCGAGCGCUCGACCGCUACUACCACCGCAGCAGCGCAAUUAUGUACGCGUACGGUUCCGAGAUUACGUAGUGUCGGGCGUGUAAUUAUGUUGUCAUCGUCGCGCGGCGCGCCCUGCGUAGCUUCACGGUGAAAAUCUGGCGUGAACGGUUCCGCGGUGGAACGGGGAAUAUGGCGUCGGUCUCGGCCGAGACUCCAGCCAGCCAUGGGCACAGCUUCAGUAAGAAAACCUUUCACAAGCCGACGUACUGCCAUAGCUGCACGGACAUGCUCUGGGGCCUCAUACAGCAGGGGUACAUCUGCGAAGUGUGUAACUUCGUGGUGCACGACCGCUGUCUCAAGGCCGUCGUCUCUCCCUGCUCCAGCAUCGCGGCAAGCCUGAUCAAGAACCCGGUUGCACACUGUUGGUCCGAACAAGUACAUCGUAAAAGGAAAUUUUGCAACGUUUGUCGGAAACGAUUGGAUGAUAAUCUAUCCAUACAUUGUGAAAUAUGCGAGUACUUCGUGCACAUAGAAUGCCAGGACUUUGCAGUGGCAAACUGUAACGAGAAUGCCACGUAUUUACCUGGGAAGGAACUAUCAGCGGUGAAACACACUCAUCAUUGGCGAGAAGGCAAUCUUCCGAGCAGUUCGAAAUGUGCCGUAUGCAAGAAGAGUUGUUUUUCUGCCGAGUGCCUUUCUGGGUUUCGUUGCGAGUGGUGCGGCAUGACGUUGCACGCAUAUUGUUACAAGAAUAUUCCCCAAGAAUGCACCUUUGGUAACUUGGAACCAAUUUACCUGCCGCCACAUGCAGUUAGUAUUCCGCGUACCGAAGUUCCCAUGGAAGCCAUUAUUGGAGUACAAGUGCGUCGUAAAGAAGUGCUGGCGCGUGAGUAUUCUUGCCAUAACGUCGGAGAGCAAUUCGAUUUCGCUGAGAGUGAACAAAAUGGGGCUGCAGGCCACCUAGCCGAAGCUUUGAGGCGCCUUUCGCUAGUUUUGCCACGUAGCUGCCAUGGAAAUUGUCAUGCUUCCCCUCCUUAUGUUCGAGCACGGAGCAUAUCAGAAGAAUUUAGUAGCGAUGCAAGGUAUCGUGAUAAUGGGGAACCGGCACAGGGCGCAGCACACAGCCGUGAUCCGCGUUCUCCCAAAGAGAAAGAAGACAAAGAAAGAGGUGACGAAGAGAUGAUCAAGGUGUACGAUGGCAACAGUUCCUUGAGACGGCGAAUAUUUCGAGUGAUUUCGGUACCCAGGCAGGCUACGACGGAGCAAGUACUCACAUUGGCACUGCGCGCAUUUCACAUCACAAAAGAUCCUAGCAACUUUUACUUGACCGACCUGUAUGCCGCGGAGGAAAUCGAGUUGUGUGACCCGACGCCCGUUUUAAGUUUAAAUCGCAAAGAAGGCAAACGUCCGGCUGUGUUCUUGCGAUUUAAAGAUAACGACGUCGGAGAGGUACGGGUUUAUCCCGGCAAAUUGCAGGUAUCAGAGUCAUUCUGCAUAGUAUCCGUCAGUGAAGCAACAACGGUCGCAGAUUUGAUAAACGAAGCGCUGGAGAAGUUUGGUUUACAAAAUUUCAACUGCGACGACUACAGAUGCAGUGAAAUUCUUCUAGAUCGUGGAGUGACAGAGAGGGUUUUAUCUUGGGACGAGAGACCGUGGGAUAUCGUCAAGAAGCUGGGAAAAGAUUCCAUCAGACAGAUGGAACUGAUGCGGUUCUAUCUACAGUUGAAGCAAGAUCCUCAUGGUCCUAAUUUGGCUUUAUUCGUGGGCAAUUUACCGCCGAACCUUUCCGAAAGAAGCUACGAGAACAUGUUGACGGAGUUUUUAGGAAAAGAAAAUAGGUUCUCGUCUAUUGGCCCAAUUUAUUACGAAUAUGGUUCGAUGGUCAUUAUAUACGAAGAUUCGAACAAAGCGGUUAGAGCAUUGUACGCGUUGCGAGAGUCCAAAUACGAAGACAAGCAUCUUCUAGUGAUGCUUUUACCGAGCAUCGAGCCAAGUAUGGUACCAUCGGGCGUUCAACCGCUGCUCGUCUUUGUAAAUGUGAAAUCUGGCGGUUGUCAAGGACUCCAGCUGAUUUCUAGUUUUCGUAAGCUGUUAAAUCCUUAUCAAGUGUUUGAUCUUGAUAACGGCGGACCUCUCCCCGGACUUUACGUUUUCCGUCACAUAAAGGACUACAAGAUAUUGGUUUGCGGUGGUGACGGGACGAUAGGUUGGGUAUUACAAUGUUUGGAUAACGUAGGUCAGGAUAGCGAAUGUUCCUCACCGGCUUGCGCGAUUGUACCCUUGGGAACGGGCAACGAUCUCGCCCGCGUGCUGUGUUGGGGCUCGGGAUACACGGGUGACGAGGACCCGCUAAACCUGUUGCGUGACGUAAUCGACGCGGAAGAAAUAAUAUUGGACAGAUGGACCGUGGUGUUUCAUCCCGAAGAGAAGGAACAAACUCAAGUAGUUUGCAAUGCCGCGGGUGCUGGUUCGACCAGUGAAGACAAUACGCAAAUAUAUGUAAUGAAUAAUUAUUUUGGCAUCGGCGUCGACGCGGAUCUUUGUUUGGACUUUCAUAACGCGAGGGAGGAAAACCCGAACAAAUUCAAGAGCAGGUUACGAAAUAAAGGCGUGUACGUAACGAUGGGAUUACGUAAGAUGGUCAGACGCAAACCAUGCAAAGAUCUGCACAAAGAGAUUCGACUAGAAGUAGACGGCAAAUUGGUCGAAUUACCACAAGUGGAAGGAAUAAUUAUACUGAACAUAUUAAGUUGGGGUUCUGGUGCUAAUCCUUGGGGACCAGAUACCAAAGAAGAUCAAUUUUAUACACCGAAUCAUUGGGACGGUAUGCUGGAAGUCGUCGGAGUCACGGGCGUCAUGCAUCUCGGACAAAUACAAUCGGGUCUACGUGGAGCUAUGAGGAUAGCGCAGGGCGGACAUAUAAAAAUUCACUUAAACUCAGACAUACCUGUACAAGUGGACGGUGAACCGUGGGUUCAGAGUCCCGGGGAUAUCGUGGUAUUGAAAUCAGCGCUCAAGGCUACCAUGUUGAAGAAAAGUAAGAUCAAGCGUCGCAAUACCGAACCGUCGAUUCUACCUGCUAAUGGGGAGGGGGGCAAGAGCACGGACGAGUAAUCCAACCAUACCACAACCGCUUACAACCGCUCUCGAUCGUUUAAUCGUAUCUCGUUAGAGAGGAUACGCGACAUCACAGCCUAGACUCCUCGACGCGUGUAAGCUAAGCGCACAUGCGCAACGUAGAGGAGUCUCGGUGUCGUGACAGACCGUGACAAACCCGUCGUGCCGUCUCUAAAGCCUUCAGAUUCAAAUGUCCUUGAUCAAAGAAUCCCGGUCCCAUCCCCGGUUGAUGCAUGUCAGACCAAUCAACUUCCGUAACACCUUGUCGACGCCUCGAUCCAAUGCAGCUAGCUCGAGCUUGUCGUAAUGUGUGGAUUAGACGCAAUAUACAUAUAUACAUAUAUAUGUGCGAGUGUGUGUGCGCGCGCGCGAGCGCGCGCAUAUGUGUGUGUAUAUAUAUAUAUAUGUAUAUAUGUGUAUAUAUCUUUCUCUCGGACAUAGUAGUGUUUAGCUUUAUAUACGACAUAAACGUUACUUCCCUUCCUACUCUUUCUCUUUCUUUCUCUACGUACAAGUUGUUCCUACAGUGAUUCUUUGAAUUUGUUGACUUUCCAUUUCCAUUUCUAUUGUAUACUCGUAUAUACUUUUUUCUACUUAUACUUGUACUAUCUUUUGUCAUUGAGUCAGUGACAUUUGAGACUGACACUUUUAUCGAUUGUUCCUUUGUGCGUUCCUUGAUCCUGUCCCUUCCUAGGCUACGAUGCUGAAGAAGACUAAGGGUAAAAUGAAGCGGCGUAAUACAGAAUCCAGUAUGCAGCUGGCGCUACAGGCCGCACCAUCGAGCGACCCGGACGAAGAUAUCUUCUGAGUGAGUAAAAACGUAUCAUGUGAAAGUGAGAGAUCGAACACACGUUGCGAUAACGAGCAAACACCAUAGCCACCAUAGAGAACUCGAUCGAUUAGCGUAACAAAAUACAAUCGGCCUCGAAAUCGUCCGACGGCGGUUGCGCUGUACGAACUUAACAUUAAGUACUUACAACUUACAACGCGAAAAAAAAAACUACAACACGGCUCGAACUCGAGGAGGAAGCAAGGGGACAGGUAGAUGAAGUUUUCAACUACACGACAUACAUAUAUGCAGUAUAAAAUCCAUUAUCGACUCAAUGAUUCUUAAUGUCGUCUCGUUUGUUCUUACAUUAAUAGAACAAGAAGAUAGAUCUCAUUUUUAAAUGUUGAUAAUUAUAGCAUUGUACGUAGCUUAUCGAUCAAUAUUUUUUUAGUCAAAUUACUAUAGAUUUUAACACGUUAUCCUAAAUCCACACACUACAUGCUACACACACAACACACACACACACACACACACACACAUGCGCGUGCAAACAGUAUUGGAAAAAAAAAUAAAGUUAUAUGCGCUCACGCAUGCUUACGUUGGCGUUGAUUUUUAUUUAUGUUUCAAAUUCGGUAUUUGAAAAAGAGAGAAAUGAUGUAUGUCACGUUUCGUAUGGUACUUUACCAAUUUAUACAAGAUUACGAUACGAAACGUGUAUCGCACGAUACAAAACAAGUGAAAACAAGUCAGUUGUUAAUCUAUUAUAUAUAUAUAUUUGUGUGUGCGUGUGUGUAUGUAUAUGUAUGUACGUAUAUACACAUACAUAUGCAUGUAUACAUGUACCCACACGACACACACACUCACAUGUAGAAUAUUUAUGAUUAUAAAUAUUAAUAUAUUUACAUAAUAUUGUAUUAAUAUUACGAUAUUAAGUUGUGAUAAUUGUUACGUACGUCUGACUGCUGGGCAGUCUGGAUUUCAUUGAGAGCCAGUGGCAGUCAGUUUCCUAGGGUAUGGUUAACAAGAAUAUAAUUAAUGUAACUUUCGUAACCGUAACAAGGCCGCAUGAUGCGAACUGAGCGCGCUUUGCCGAUCCGCCUCUCUGACGAGACACACACACGUCUGACGGACAAUGCGCACGAGCUCGCAUCAAGGAGGCGGAUCGGCAUCGGUGUACCGAUCACCCUUAUUGGCUCUGACAGACUCUUGUAACGACAAAGUUUCGCGAUGCCACCGAUACAACACACAUUCCACUUGUAACAUGGCAAGGGCGAACACAGAGAGAGAGAGAGAGAGAGAUGUAUAUUUAUAAACUAUGGCAAAAGGAGGAGGAGGAAGCUUGUAACAUGCUUAUGUACCUAAAAAUCGUCGAAACGCGACUCGUCAAACUCGUAUCGAGCGUUAUUCGUGACGAACGACAACGUAUAUAGGACAGGACCACGCGCGAAUCCAGGCCCGAUACCGUUUUCGAGCUUCCACAAGGUUCCGAUCCUCGUGUCGUACCGACACCUGUGUUAUCGAAUGCCAUUGUUGUUCACGAGCGAUCAUUGAUCGAGAACGGCAGAACGCGAACAACGGAUACUCUCACCCAAUGUCGCUCUUGAACACUCGGCCCGUACGUUCACGUUGGACCUUUGCUGGCAUCGCGCGUUCACUACUUCGGUGCCAAAAAAAAACAAACAAUUGUGUAUAUAUAUACAUACAUACAUAUAUAUAUAUAAAUAUUAUGAAAAGAAAAGAAGGAGUAGGAACAUACACUGUAAGACGGAUUGCCAGUUUAUCGCGACGGCAUUCAACGGCGAUGGAGGAAUAAAGAAAGUAGCGUUGCGACUUGCCGGGUACUUUCUAACGCGCAAGAGCAUCUUUGGGAGAGGACUCUUUUGAAUUACGUUGCGUUGUUUCGUGUAAGCGUUUACGGAGGACAGCGCGUACCUUUGAUACGUGAGAGUGGUCGAAGCAAGACGAUAGGACUCUUAGUACGCUUUUAGUACGCGCUGUGAAAACUUAGUUAAUUAUCCUACCUAGACCUCUCUUGGAUGUCUUCAAUUAUGGAAAUAAUUAUGAAAAAAUUCAUCAGAGACUACAAAAUUUGAGCAGAGGCCGUCAUACCCGGAUCAUUGACCAGGCCUCUGCAUCACAACCUGCCAAUGAUGAAUCCAGGCUCGAUUAUUCAUGUCACAUCCGGUGUACCGCAUGAAUAGUCUCAUCGACGGCAGAUUGCAGAGAACAUUUGUUAAUCUGACCAAACUAUAGUAUAUUUGCUGCUGCUAUUUAAAAAAAAGAAAAAAACAUAGAGAAACAAUAAGCUAUGAACAAUCUAUGUAUAAUAAAUCAAUGUAUGUGCUAUAAA